AUGACCAAGGCAAUGCUGCGUGCCAAGACUGGAUGCUUUACUUGCAGGAAACGGAAAGUCAAGUGCGGCGAGGAGAAGCCAUCUUGUCGGAAUUGUUCUGCCUUUGGCCGCCAAUGUGCCUGGCCAACUUCAACAGACCUUUGCGAUCGGCGGCACCGCUCUCGGGCGAGUCCAGAUCUAUCCUUUGCUGGGCCAUCGCCCUCAAGUUCCAGUUCUGCAUCAGAAGAGUCGAAAUCCCCUGACUCAAGCCGCACAGCCAUCGUCCCCUAUCGCGGCAGAUCGCCUUCUCCGGGACGCUCUUUCUUUAAAUCAGGCAUCGAGAGUGAGCUCAUCCAUCACCUCCUCAACUACUACUUCUCCGUUAUUGUGCUCCCCACAAGCAGUCAGGAGCACGUCAGACGAAGCCGAUCGGAGCUCGUUGAUAUGAUGCUUCAUUACCCAAGCGUCAGAGAUGCUGUUUUUGCUUGUUGCGCCUGCAACAAGCACGUCCUACUAAAUGACAAUCGGCAUAAGAAUGCUGCUCUUCAUUACUACUCUAAAGCAGUCCACGAGCUUAAUCAGAUGCUGGCCAAAUUUCAGCCAAUGGGUAAACAACCUGAUUCUUCACUGCUAACGACAGUAGUCUUCUUAUACGUUCAUGACUUAUGGUCACUCGACGGCUCGGCCGAUCCUAGAAACCACGUCGCCGGUGCUGUGACGCUGCUUGACCUUGUGUCCAAACACGGGGCCUCGCCUGGGUCUAUGACCCAAGGCUUCGACCGCAUCAUUGCAGAGAGUAUUCUCUACCAAGCCUUUCUCCUGUCCACGCGGAGGCCCUUUGCGCCUUACUUCCACAUCGAUCCACAGUUUGUCACAAAUGUGGAGAGAUUGCUCGCACCGCCAGAUUCUCAAGACGCCUCAUAUGCGGCUUGCAGUCCCGUCUUGGGUAUUCCUACAACACUGUACCGUUUGAAACUGGGAAUCAUCAAUUUCCACAACGCACCCGCACAGCAAAGCCCCGAGGGUCUUGCUCGACUACGAUCUGAGAUGGAUUAUUGGGUAGCAUUGGUGGUACCCAGAGCUACGCCUCACCUCACAUCCGCCUCCGCUGCGCACACGUUCGAUCUCGUGAUCCUUGCUACAUCACUACUGCUCGACCUAGUCACGGAAUGUUUUACCUACCAACUACCAAUCGACCUUCUAAGUCUCUUGAAUACCAACAAUUCUCCCCGGUGGCAGGUGGAAAGUUGUUUAGAAAUCUUGCGGCAGCCUCAGGAGGUUGAAAAAUGGACGCGGAUGUUUCUCGGGCUUUGGCCCUUGCUGAUUCUUGGAUAUGCUGUGAAUUCAGAUGAAGACAUGGCGUUAAUCCAGGGCAUCCUAGGUCAGAUGCGGGAACGGCUGGGCUAUGGUGAAGUACAGAGAAUACAACAGGAACUAGAGGAGGUCCAGGAUUCUAGGAACUAUCAAGCCCUUGGUAUUAAUAGUAACAUAUCAGUCUAG